CACUGCCGUCUAUUGCUCGGUGCGGCAGGUCCGGGGGCAUAUUCCCAAUGAUUGCGCCCCUUUUAGGAUUCCGGACCUGCACCCCCACAACCUGACAACUGCGGGGCAUCAGUAAGUGAUUCAAUCCACAGUUUCCACCAACGUCUCUCUCAGUGGAGAGUUUCCCUGCCGACCGGGUAAGUUGCAUUCUAACGACAGUUGAAACAAUCGAAAUUAGGGUAAAUUCUCCCUGAGCGGAGGUGAAAGCAUUUAUUUAGAGUUAUUUAGAGACAAUUUGGCACGUUAUUUAAACUCAAUGUAACAAAGUAUUUAGCGUCAAUGUGGCAAGUUAACACGCAAACGAAACAAGUGUUUUUUGACGGGUUGGUGGAGAGGGAUAUAGUUUCAUUGUAACCGCUCAAUGUUUCAUCUGAGUUGCAGUUUGUGGCCAGGAGGGAAGUUUAACGUUGCAAUGGCGAGAUGACAAACAUUGCAGAAGGACGCCUGCAGAUCCUGCAGGUUUACAAACUUAUCCAGUACGUCCGGCAGCGGGACAAAGCCGAGAUCGAGAAGCUGUUGACGCUGGGGGUGCCGCACUUGGUGAAUCUGAGCGAGCCCGGCCAAGGGGAAUACGCCCUGCACUUGGCCGCGCUGGCCAACGAUGUGGAGAUUUGUAAGCUGCUGCUGUCGCUGGGUGCUGAGCCGAACGUGGUGGAUAAGGACGGCCGCACCGCCGCGAUGAUCGCUGCUGAAGCCGGCCACGAAACCGUCCUGGAGGUACUGGCUGACGCCAACGCAAACAUGUCCAUUGUGGACAAGAACGGCAAAGGCAUUCUAUAUUACUGCAUUGCUCCUACUGUCCGUCACCUUCAUUGCUUAGAGAUUGCUCUAGCGCACGGAGCUGAUGUUAACAAUUGCGCACAUGAUGGAAAGCCGAUCUUCUUGCUGGCCUGUGAACAGGCUGCAGCCUGCACCGAAAUGUGUUUGCAGAUAUUAGAGAAAGGUGCUGACCCAAAUUCCAAGUUUGAGGUGAUUCGUGCCCUGGUUGCUCAUGACUGUGACAUUGAUGUUAUCAAUUUGGAUGGAAACACACCUUUACAUUUGGCAGCAUUGGGAGGCUUUGUUGACACUGCCAAGUUCCUGGCUCAAAGAGGGAGCAACCCCAAAAUGAAAAACCUGCAUCAAAAGACCCCAGCAGCUGCCGCCAAAGCUAACGGUCACAAAGCUGUAUCAAAAGAACUCCGCAAGGCCGAGCGCCUCUAUUCCAAGUAUGCCAGGCCCGAUGUGAAAAAUCCCAAUGCCCCCUGGGCCAUCAGGCUCUAUGACUGGUCGCUGUAUCAUGAGCUCGCACUUCGGAAUCUAUUUGCCACUGUGGACAGGGGCGAUGGCACCUUGGCGAAGGAGGAUUUUGCCGCCAUUCUUCUGGAGAAAAACGCGCCGAUGAAGGAAGAAGAGAUAGCUGCACUAAUGUCUGCCCAUGACAAGUCUCGGACAGGAGUCAUCGAUAUCAAUCAGUUCUUCACAGGCACAAAGUACCUCGAAAAGGUUUACCUUAUGUCUUCGUAUGAACACAAGAAGAAAAAGGGAAAGAAGGGCAAACGUGGGAAAAAGGGGAAACCUGUGAUACCAAUACCAAUUUGCACCCUUCCUAAAGAAUAUAUGAUUCGGCGGGAGGAUGGGGGCCCGCCAGAGUUUAUGAUUGAAAGCUACAAGACAUUUUCAGAUAGAAGUCGAUUCAGCCGUGAUAACCCACCACAGCAUCCCCUGCAAGAUGACUCUGCAUGGUACUUAGAUAAGCCAGAAAAGGUCUACACAAACAUUAACUACGCAGCGAAAGCAGAGGAUAUGCAGUCGUUAAAGAAAGCAUUUUUCCAGGGAGUUCCAGUUGACGUGCAGGAUAAAUUUUUCACCACUCCACUUAUGGCAGCCUGCGCGGAUGGGAAUUAUGCACUUGCCAAAUACCUCGUGGAAGCAAAGGCUAAUGUAAAUGCACAUGAUAAUUUACUGUGGACACCUCUUCACCAUGCUUGCCAUUCAGGAGAACAGAGCAUUGUUGAAUUGCUACUGGAUGCUGGUGCAUCGGUUAAUGCAGCUUCCAUUAAUGGAGCCACACCUUUAAUGAGAGCAAUAGAAAGCUGCAAAUUGGAAUGUGUAACAUCUCUGAUUAACCAUGGAGCUAGUGUUGACAUGGAAAACAAUAAAGGGCAAAAUGCUUUGGACCUUGCAAAUGCCUUUGCUGAUAUAAGGAUAAUUCAAGUGAUCAAGGAGAAAAUGGACAGCCUUCCAAAGAAAGAAAAACCCAAAAAGGGUGGGAAAGCUGCAAAAGGAGGCAGUGCGAUUUCUGCGAGGCUCCAGGCGGCCUCGCUCGAAAUGACGACACCGAUUCCAACUCUGCCUCGCUCUUUGAAGUCACCAAAGAAAGAAUUGCCCAAGGACAGCAUAGCAAAGAAAAGUGAAAUGUUAAACAGUGGCAUUGCCAAGAAAAUUGAUAUCACCUUUGUUCCAAAGACUACAUGGGCUAACCAACCAACAACCGAAGAGCUCAUACAAAGGAGAGUACGAAACCGGGAGAAAUUCACCUACGAAGUGGAUUUUAAUGCUUACCUGACACCUUUCAAGCGAAACAUCAAAAAGAAAUUGGAAGAAAUAAAUAACUUGACUUCCAAAUAGUCAGGAUGUUGGCAGCUGCAAACAUUUGGGAUAUUUGCAUUGAUCAGAGACAUGUGACAGAAUAAAAGACGCACACAACAGAAUGGUUCUUUGUUACAAUGGCGUUCAAACAUUUGUUACAAAAUAGGUUUGUGUAACUCUUAAUAUCUCAGUGGGAAAGGCUGCAAGAUAGAAAGUUUUAUUUAUAAAAAGUGAUCCUGAUUUAGUUAAUGAUAUUAUAUAAAUUAAACACAAACAUCUAUAUUCCUCUAUUCUGACUUUUCUUACAAUGAACUUUGGACACUGUUUCUUUAGGUAUAAAGGAAACUUUUGUUAAAAAUGAAUAUAAGUAACUGACUGGUGAGACACAG